AUGCAGAGGCCGUUGUCAUGCACUGCCUAUCUGCUAUACUUGUGGGAGGUGUACAAGACUUGGUUGUUCAACAACAAGAAAAAGAAGGAAAGGAAGGACAUGAUCAAGUAUGGGAGGAAAUGGACACCCAGGAUGGUGGUCUACCAGCAGAAAUGCGAAGAGGUGCUGAAGAGGAUUGAGGACGAGUCUGGGGUAAAGCCAGGAGAUCCUGGUAUGUUCAAACAUUAUCAGGUGGCGGUGAAGAGAGUCAUGGCUGAAUUGGACGACGACGAGUUGGAGAAGGCGAAAGAAACAGCGGAGGAGUGGUCCAACAACUGUCCGCCUCCGGAGAUACAAGCACAAGUAGCUUGUAAGAAGGGUCCGGCAUAUAUGGAGCACUUUUCGAAUGAGAUGUGGAGGCAAUGUGGGAUGAGAGUUUUUGUGAUGUCGGCUUGGAAGAAUGAAAAGGGAGAGGUGCUGUUCGGGAUGCAUGAUGAUGACGAGGCCUUAGGAAAUGGGGACAGCUUCAUGAAGACGAAGGACUGGGAGGACAUCGAGCCAGUGUGGCAGGAGUAUGCGCAGGAACAGUUCGGCUCCGUGGCACGGGAUGGAGGACAUCAGGUCAAGGGAGGUCGAAAAAGAAUUCGAAAACCAGCUUUCGAACUCGAAAUGGACAGGGAGGGUAUGCCACUCCUUCCGGACAUCAUGGACACGAAACUUGAGGAGAAGAAGGCCAUAGUGAGGGCCUUUCUUACAUCGCACUAUCGUGAGUUUCUCGUCGCAUCAUCUGACAAAUUGUUCAAUGCAUGGACCCGGACGUAUCUUCCGGCGGAUGUUGACUUGAAGGAGCCUUCGAAGCUGCAAAAUUGGGACACGACUGCCUUGCUCCAUUUCUGGCGUGCUCGGCAGGAAACAGGCGAAGGUCCCACAUUUCUGUUCAAAGCAUGGAAGAACAAUGAUGGGGACAUGGUACCAUCUGUCAUAUCUGGCAAGUCGCCCUCUCCUCAGACUUGUAUAGUGAGAAAGCAGCAGAGGGUUACCAUCCGAAGGCCUCGGGAUUCGUCGACAGAAGCCGAGAGUGAUAAGGAGAGUGCCACUAAUCAUACCGAGGAUGAUGUGGAUGAUGACUUGGCUGACAGGAGACAUCCGCUGAAGAAACCCAGGACAGGAGGUCCUACACCCAAAGGGACGGUAGUCCCACGUGCAAUUCCAAAGCCUCGCCCGGCCAAGCCAGCCAAAAAAGGUGCAUUAGUGACAUCGCGAAUGGGAGACCUCCUUGCUGGGUUAACUGAAGACGCAACCAGCGAGGUUAGAGAUGAUGUUGAAAUGGAAGACAGUAUCACGCCGCCGGCACAGAAAAGGAGGCGGGGCAAGAGAGUCACAGUUGAACCAUCCACGAGGACGACCCGGAGUAAGUUGCAAAUGCCAGUAGACAGUACACCUAGAGUAACCAGAGCACGGGGACACACUUAA